UACCGUCGAAGCCUUCUACGCUUUCCUCUCUGGUGUUAGUGGGAUUAGGGUUUAAGGGUAUCAAAUUCCAAAACCUGUUUAAUAUUCUACAGGGUUUUACUCUCCUCACUUUCUUCUUCUUCUUCUUCUUCUUCCGCGCCAUUCCGUCUUGGGUUUUCCUCGCGCUCUAAAUUCACCAUCCAAUUCCAUUGGCCUGCUAAGGAAGGAGACCUGGUUAAAAGUUGUGGUGAUCGUUUUUCAUAUUGUCAAACAUGUCGUCUCUAAGGAAUGCUGUUAGCAGACGUGCUCACAAGGAGCGAUCUCAACCGGAAUCGAGGAAAAAAUUUGGGUUUCUUGAAAAGCACAAGGACUAUGUUCAGCGUGCUAAGGUGUACCACAAAAAGGAGGAGACUUUACAGAUACUGAAGCAAAAAGCAAGAUUUCGAAACCCAGAUGAGUUUUACUUCAAGAUGAUUAACACCCGAACUGUUGAUGGAGUCCAUAAAAUAGAGGGUCAGGCUAACAAGUACACUCCAGAAGAGCUCUUGCUUAUGAAGACCCAGGAUAUUGGAUAUGUACUGCAGAAAGUACAGAGUGAGAAAAAGAAAAUUGAAAAGAUGACUGCAACUCUGCAUUCACUUGAUAAUCGGCCUUCAAGCAGACACGUAUACUUUGCUGAAGACAGGGAAGAGGCUAAAGAGCUUCGGUCACGUAGUUCAAGAGGGGAAAUAUUGCUCGGUUCUGAGAAUAUUCCAGAUCGUAUUAAAAGGAAAACAGCGGCUUCAUAUAGGGAGCUUGAAGCAAGGAGAACGAGAGUCCAAGAUCUGGAGAAAAUAUAUAUGGAUAUGGCAAUGCAGAAGGAAUUACAGAAAAAGGGGAAAAAACGCAAACUCCGUGAAGAUGAGAUGGUAAAUCCAACAUCCAAACCUGUAUUCAAGUGGCGGGCAGAGCGAAAGCGUUGAAAAGGAACUGAUUUGUGGCCCUCAGAAAAAAGUAUGGAGCUGAUGAAAUGUAACUGUCCAAGUUGUAAGAGCUACAUGUAGAGAUACUAAAGUAUUACAGCAAGGAAUAUUAGAAAUAAUUCCAAUAUUUUUACUCGGCUAGUCCCGACAUGGGGUUUAUAUCAAGUACUUUCCAUGGGGCAUUUUCAGAUGUUAUUUUAAACUUUUGUUGGCUGAUAUUUUAAGCCAUAGAAUUAUGUUUUAAUAUAAAUCUGUGUUGAUCUGAUCCUUGUUAA